AAUAAAAAGUCUUUGUCAAAAUAUCGAUUGUAAAUAUCGAAUAAUUUCGAUAUAUCGAUAUUAAAUGAAUAUCCCUACGCCACAGUUAUUUUUGGUAUCUAUGGUUAUUUUGUUAGAAGUGACGACAGCCUGUGUGUAAAGUAAAUAAAUAAUUAAUAAUUAAAUAAAAUUGUUUCGGGCCGCAAGCAGCAUUAUGGCAGAUAUUAGUAAAUAUCUUGAGACACAACUAGCACUCGCUAAGCAAAAAAGUGAACAAACAUGUAGUAAAAUUAAUAGAAUAUCAAAAAAAAGUCAAACUGCUGCGGAACUUACAUCCAAAAAAGAAGAAAAGCAGUUCAUCAGAAAUAAUCCUAAAAUUUCAAGUAAGAAUACAAACACGUCUCACCACCAAAAACUAAACUCUUCUGCAACAAAAGGUUCAGAUGAAGAAAGUGAGUAUUUACCAUCUUCUGAAGAAGAUGAAAAAUCAAAACAGCUUAUGCCAUCGACAACCACUCGCUUCAAGAGUAACUUAAAGAAAAUCAUAGAUGAUGGAGAUAAAACCCUGUACAACAAAAGAAUUAAAGAUUGGAGGAAAAACUUAGCAGAUGCACAAGUCAAAAAUGUCAUUGAUGGACCAUAUUCUGCAGAUAUUCAAUAUAUUUUAGAAGGCAAUAAAGACUUUGAAGAAAAACAUGAACUUCAGAAUGGUCUCUGUGUGCCAAACUUUAUAUGGAAUCAAUUGUACAAAUAUCAGAAAACGGGAGUUAAAUGGUUAUGGGAACUACAUCAAGUAGAAUCUGGCGGCUUACUUGGAGAUGAAAUGGGCUUGGGAAAAACUGUACAAGUUAUUGCCUUCCUUGCUGGUCUUUCUAAUACUGAUUGUGGUUCUUGGGGAGGGCUUGGUCCGUCUAUCAUUGUUGCCCCUGCAACGGUUAUAUAUCAGUGGGUAUCACAUUUUCAUUAUUGGUAUCCUUGUUUGAGAGUUGCAGUGCUACACAAUUCCGGUUCCCACAAUGGAAAUUACAAUAAACUUAUUCGUGAUUUACAUGAAUCUCAUGGUGUAUUGUUAAUAACAUAUGCAGGAGUAGUGAAGUAUUCCAAUGAUUUAUUGUCUCGCAAAUGGCAUUACGUAAUUUUAGAUGAAGGCCAUAAAAUUAGAAACCCAGAAACGCAAAUCAAUAAACAUAUAAAAAAAUUUAAAACUCCUCAUAAAUUACUUAUAACUGGUUCACCAAUGCAAAACAGUCUGCAAGAGUUAUGGUCAUUGUUUGAUUUUAUGAGACCAGGUUUAUUAGGUACAUAUAAUGCAUUUAUGGAAUAUUUCGCUAAUCCUAUAACUCAGGGGGGUUAUGCAAAUGCGACUGAAACUCAAGAAGCUGUAGCUUUGGAAAUAGCUAUAGCCCUUAAAAAUAUUAUUACACCUUACAUGUUGAGACGAACAAAACUGGAAGUUCAAGAACAUAUAAAAUUACCUGAAAAGAAUGAACAAGUACUAUUUUGUGCAUUGACUCAGGAACAACGAGAUUUGUACAUGGGAUACCUUAUGGGCAGCACAGUAAGAAGUAUUCUUGAUAAAGAAAGUAGGUAUGGCGAUCCUUUCAGAGCCAGAGUUUUGGUUGCUCUUUCUACUCUUAGAAAAAUAUGUAAUCAUCCAGAUUUAUACCUAUAUGAAAUUCAAGAAGAUGAUUCACAAAUCUUAGAUGAGAAAUUUGGUCAUUGGAAAAGAUGUGGUAAAAUGACUGUAGUAAACUCAUUACUAAGAAUAUGGAAAAAGCAAGGACAUCGAGCAUUAAUUUUCUCCCAAUCCAGAGUUAUGUUGUGCCUACUGGAACAGUAUCUACAAAAUCAAGAUUUCAAAUAUCUAAAAAUGGAUGGUACAGUUACAAUUAGUCAGAGGCAGAGUAUUAUUAAAACUUUUAAUGAAAAUGCUGAUUACUUAGUAUUUCUUUCAACUACAAGAGUUGGUGGCUUGGGUGUUAAUCUAACAGGUGCCAACAGAGUUAUUAUAUACGAUCCAGAUUGGAACCCAGCAACAGAUAAUCAGGCAAAAGAAAGGGCCUGGAGAAUUGGUCAACAGAAAAAUGUUACAGUUUAUAGAUUAAUAUCAGCAGGUACAAUUGAAGAAAAAAUUUAUCAAAGGCAAAUUUUCAAACAUUUUCUUAGUAAUAAAAUUCUCAUAGAUCCUAAUCAGAAGAAUGUCCUUACAACCAGUAAUUUACAAGGGUUGUUUACAUUGGAUGAACCAAAUCCAGAAGGAGACACUGAAACAUCAUCACUAUUUAAACAUUCAAAAGUGUAUGCUAACACAAGCAAAGAAAAAAAGAUUGAUAUUGACAGUAAAACUUCUUCUCAAAGAAAAAUUGAAGCAAUGAGGAGAAUGGCAAAAGAAAUCAGCAGAAAAAUAACUAAGAACACAGAAGAUAAAUUGUUAUCCCCACUCCAUGAAGAUCCAAGGCAGCGGUAUAGAAAAAGAAGAGAAAUUUUGAUGAAUCCACCCAAAAUAGAAGAACCUGAAAAUAACAUAAUUGAUGACAAAAUUACAAGUGCCCCUUUUGAAAGUAUUAUGUCCGAACUAGAUAUUGUUAACAUGCAUAAGAAGGUAGAUUAUGAGAAAAAUUUAAUAGAAAAUGUUUUACAGAAAACAAGUGAAACAGAUGACAAAACUAAAGCAAGUAACAAUAGUUGCGAAAUUCAAAUUGAUAAAACUGAAAAGGAUAUUAGUAAGAAAACUAUAGAUCCUAAUCUUUCAGAACCAUCUUCCUCUACAUUAAUGUGCAAUAUUUCUGUAGUCAUAAAAAAUGAAGUCAAUAAAAAGACUAAAAAAAGAAAAUAUUCACUUGAACCUGAUAUAGAGAAUUUGAUAGCAAUUAAAAAAGUUAAGAAGAAGAGAAGCAAAAGAGUUGCAAGCAAAGAUAAUGAUGAUGACUAUGUUUUGAAGAAAUUAUUUUCAAAAGCAUCUGUGAAGACAGCUUUACAUCACGAUACUGUCGUCGGAUUAGCAGAAAAGGAAAAGCAACACAGAAUGAAAGAAGAAGCUACAAGGACAGCAAAAAAAGCUUUAAGAGCCAUUAAAUUUUCAUGGAAAUAAUAAAUAAUUGUUAUAAAUCUAAUCCUUUAUUUUUGGUAUUAUUUGACUCUCAGAUUAUAGAUCAAAAGGCAGAUGGAACGCAUGGAACAUGCAAUUGCUGCCACCAAAGCAAAUACGAAGUCAAAGGUUUUUUUUUAUUUGUGAAAAGUUUUUUCAAUGUUUGAACAAGGCGGCACAGAUUUGAUAAAAACUUAAUAUUCACGGGACGUAUUCACAACUCAAUGUGUUGUAGUGUACUGAAGUGAGUUGAUAUUCGCUUUUGACUUGAUAUUUGCUUUGGUGGCACUUUAGUUUUGUAAUCUGAGUUUAAAGUAAACAAUAUGCCUGGGUUAUUUUUUUGGUGUAAAAGCGAAAAAUAUCGAAAACACAGGUUGUUUUCGAUUAAUAUUUUCAACCAACUUGCAUAUAUUUUAAGAUUCUUUUUAGAUAAUUGUUACUGUAAUAUUCAAUAACUUGCUUGCUACGAUACAAACAAGAAUGUAAUGAGUUACUUACUUAGGUAUUCUUAAAAUGUGGUUAACACAUAGAUUAAAACAAAAAACGAGCGAGCCUUACAGUAUCAGUAGUCGCGUAUGAUGUGAACAUUAUGAAUGAAAUUUGAACAUUAUGUUAUAAAG